AGGAAAUGAAGAAAUAGUUAGACGUGAAAACUGAAAUUGGGGAAACCAUUGUUGAGAUCUAAGGUAAAGAAAGAAAGAAAUGGCGGCAGCAGCAGCAGCAGUUCCAGAUCACUUGUUCAAUCUAAGGAACAAUUUCUACUUGGGUUCGUAUCAGGCCGCCAUCAACAACAGCGAUCUUCCCAAUCUCUCCCCCGACGACGCCGUCGAGCGCGACUGCCUCGUUUACCGCUCUUAUAUCGCUCUCGGCAGCUACCAAUUGGUGAUCAAUGAGAUCGACUCCUCUGCUGCUACUCCUCUCCAAGCCGUAAAAUUGCUGGCUCUCUAUCUCUCCAACCCUCACGAUAAGGAAUCGACGAUUUCGAGCUUGAAAGAGUGGUUGUCAGAUCCAGCAAUUGGAAACAAUGCCAUCUUAAGGUUGAUUGCUGGAAUCAUUUUCAUGCAUGAAGAAGAUUAUAAUGAGGCUCUUAAACACACCAAUGCUGGUGGCACCAUGGAACUGCAUGCAUUGAAUGUUCAAAUAUUCAUCAAGAUGCACCGGUCGGAUUAUGCAGAAAAACAGCUAAGGGUCAUGCAGCAAAUUGAUGAGGACCAUACACUGACUCAACUAGCAAAUGCAUGGUUGAAUCUAGCAGUGGGUGGUUCAAAGAUACAGGAAGCAUAUCUGAUUUUCCAAGAUUUCUCUGAGAAAUAUCCAAUGACUGGACUGAUCCUGAAUGGGAAGGCUGUCUGCUGUAUGCACAUGGGAAACUUUGAUGAAGCUGAAACGCUGUUGCUUGAAGCACUUAACAAGGAUGCAAAGGAUCCUGAAACUCUGGCCAACCUGGUUGUAUGCAGUCUUCACCUUGGUAAAUCAUCUUCACGUUACCUAAGCCAACUGAAGCUCACACAUCCAGACCAUGUUCUUGUUAAACGUGCAUCAUCUGCAGAAGACAGCUUUGAAAGAGCAGUGCAAUCAGUUGCUUGAAGAUGUCAAGUUAGUUUUCGAUAAAAGGUCAUCGGUGCCUGUUCACAAUUGUUAUUGCUAUUCUUUUGAGUUUUGUAACCUACCAGAAUAUAUGAUCGAUAUGAGGUCUGUUGAACGAAAAGGUCCAAACCUUUAACUAGAUUGGUAAUUUUUUGGGUAUUGAUGGAUAAGGUACAUUAUAUAUAGUAAAUGUUUCUAUUACAUUUCACCUGUUU